UAUAGUUAAACAAAAUGAAUGGCAAAUGAUUCAUAUGUAAUUUUUCUUCACCACCUUCUUAAUCAUAUCCAAAAAAAGAAAAGAAAAGAGGAACAUCAAAUAACUAAUCUUUCUCUGUCUCAAAUUUUUGUGUGUUUGGAUUAAGAUAACUUAAUGAAGAGACUAAUAAAACCAUUUGAUUUACAAAAAUAAAGUCUCUGCUUUUGUUUACUAUGAGUCAACUAAUAAAACCAUUUGAUUAGAUAAUUUUGUGGACUGAAAGAAACAGAAGCUAACCAAUGAAUUCCCAGCAAAGUACUCGGACAAAGCAAAUGUUACAACAAUCUUCGACGCAUUUACUCUGCGGUGUUGUUCUGUUACAGCUGUUUGCUGCUCAAGUCGAUGCUCAAAGAUCUACAAGUCCAUGGCAGACGCUCAGUGGUGAUGCUCCACUUGUGAUUGCUCGUGGUGGAUUUUCUGGACUUUUUCCAGAUUCGAGUUUAGCUGCAUACCAAUUUGCAAUGGUGGUAAGUGUAGCCGAUGUUGUUCUAUGGUGUGAUGUUCAGCUAACCAAAGAUGGGCAUGGGAUUUGCUUCCCUGAUUUAAAUCUGGCCAAUGCCUCAAAUAGUGAAGAAGUUUACCCAAAUCGUCAAAAAUCUUACCCUGUUAAUGGAGUCACUACUAAGGGUUGGUUCCCCAUUGAUUUCUCCUUGACAGAGCUGCAGAAAGUUUUGUUUUCUUUGAUCCGAGGAAUAUUAUCACGAUCAGGAAAAUUUGAUGAAAAUGGAUACUCGAUUUCAACGGUUCAAAAUGUAGCCACGCAGAUGAAACCAGCAUUAUUCUGGUUAAAUGUUCAGCAUGAUGAGUUCUAUGAGCAGCAUAAUCUUAGCAUGAGUAGUUUUCUUUUAUCAACUUCAAGAACUGUUUCCAUUGACUUCAUCUCUUCCCCUGAAGUAAAUUUCUUUAGGAAAAUUGCUGGCGGUUUCGGGAAUAAUGGACCGAGUUUUGUGUUCCAGUUUAUGGGGAAAGAAGAUUUCGAGCCGACAACAAAUCGAACAUACGGUUCUAUCUUGAGUAACCUAAGUUUUGUCAAGACGUUUGCUUCAGGGAUUCUUGUACCCAAAUCUUACAUAUUGCCCCUCGAUGACAAGCAGUACUUGCUUCCUCAUACAUCCUUAGUUCAAGAUGCUCACAAAGCAGGGCUAAAACUAUAUGCGUCAGGUUUUGCAAAUGAUGUUGAUAUUGCAUAUAACUACAGUUGGGAUCCAGUUUCUGAAUAUCUAUCUUUUGUUGACAAUGGCAAUUUUUCUGUUGAUGGUAUGCUCUCUGAUUUUCCUUUAACUGCAUCUGCAUCUGUUGACUGCUUCUCCCACAUUGGCAGAAACGCUACAAAACAAGGUAAUGAGUGUAAUUUGCUUUACAUUUCUUUUCUGUUCUUACUAAUAGAACAAAAACAUUACCAUCUACCAAUGGUGCGUGCCUCAGUGGAUUUUCUUGUUAUAUCAAAAAAUGGUGCAAGUGGGGAGUAUCCUGGAUGUACAAAAUUGGCAUAUGAGAAGGCAAUCAAAGAUGGUUCUGAUGUUAUUGAUUGCCCAGUUCAAAUGUCUAGCGACGGUAUUCCCUUUUGCUCAAGUUCGAUAGAUCUCGUGAACAGCACAACGGUCGGCCAAACUCAUCUCAGAAACCGUUCCAUAAUCGUUCCUGAGAUUAGCUCAGUUGCUGGAAUAUUUACUUUUAGUCUCACAUGGCAUGAGAUCCAGAGUUUGACUCCUGCGAUUUCAAACCCUUUUAGGGAGAACGGUAUGUCGAGGAAUCCGAAUGAGAGAAAUUCUGGGAACCUUAUUUCACUCUAUGAAUUCCUAAACUUGGCAAAAAACUCCACUUCUCUAUCCGGUAUUUUGAUCAGUCUAGAGAAUGUAGUAUACCUAAGAGAGAAGAAAGGACUCGACGUAGUUAAAGUAGUUCUUAAUAGACUCACGGAAACUGGUUACAUCGUUGGAACAUUAAAGGUCAUGAUUCAGUCUACGACCAGAUUGGUUCUAGUUGACUUCAAGAAUCAGAGCACGUACAAGACUGUCUACAAAAUUAAAGAAACCAUUGGUAAUAUUACUGACUCGGCCAUCGAAGACAUAAAGAAAUUCGCUAACGCUGUUGUAAUCAACAAAGCUUCUGUUUUUCCUAACUCUGAUUCGUUUCUCACUGGACAAACAACAAAUGUUUUGGAGAGGUUGCAGAAGUUUCAGCUCCCGGUUUAUGUGGAACUAUUUCAGAAUGAGUUUGUCUCUCAACCAUUUGACUUCUUCGCAGAUGAAACUGUUGAGAUAAAUGCAUAUAUCUUUGGAGCCGGUAUCAAUGGAACCAUCACAGAGUUCCCUUAUACAGCUGCAAGAUAUAAAAGGAAUCGAUGUUUGGGAAGAGAAGAAGUACCACCUUACAUGUUACCUGUUAACCCCGGUGGCGUCUUAACGCUCAUAAGUACUUCAUCCUUACCUCCAGCCCAAGAUCCAAACCCGAUUUUCACACACGAUGAUGUCACUGAGCCACCACUACCUCCAGUUAUAGCAAAAUCCCCAACCUCAACUCUUGGAACACCAUCAACCAUUGCAAAACCUCUAAGAAAUUUUCUCAAAGUAAUUCGCAUAGUUUCAUGGUCAGUAGCCGGAGUUGUAUUGUUCCUGGUCUUAUUAACAUUAGUUUUCUGUUUUCACCGAAAGAGAGAAACACGGCUGAGACAACAGAAGCUGAAGGCUCUUAUUCCACUCGAACACUAUACUUAUGCACAAGUGAAGAGAAUUACAAAGUCAUUUGCGGAAGUUGUUGGGAGAGGAGGAUUUGGAAUUGUUUAUAAAGGAACACUUAGUGAUGGCCGGGUGGUUGCGGUGAAGGUCUUGAAAGACACAAAAGGUAAUGGUGAAGACUUCAUCAAUGAAGUUGCGACCAUGAGCAGAACUUCUCAUCUCAACAUUGUUUCCUUGCUUGGUUUCUGCUCUGAAGGUUCCAAAAGGGCAAUUAUAUAUGAGUUUUUGGAAAAUGGGUCACUUGAUAAGUUUAUAUUAGGCAAGACCUCCGUGAAUAUGGAUUGGACGGCACUAUAUAGAAUUGCUUUAGGAGUUGCUCAUGGUUUAGAGUACCUGCACCAUAGCUGCAAAACAAGGAUAGUACAUUUCGACAUUAAACCACAAAAUGUACUCUUGGAUGACAGUUUUUGUCCCAAAGUUUCGGACUUUGGCCUCGCUAAACUCUGUGAGAAGAAAGAGAGCAUCUUGUCUAUGCUGGACACAAGAGGUACCAUAGGGUACAUUGCACCAGAGAUGAUCUCGAGAGUUUAUGGGAAUGUGUCACACAAGUCAGAUGUGUAUAGCUAUGGAAUGUUAGUCCUUGAGAUAAUUGGUGCAAGAAACAAAGAGAAAGCAAAUCAAGCAUGUGCUUCUAACACAAGUUCAAUGUACUUUCCUGAAUGGGUAUAUAGGGAUCUUGAAUCAUGCAAGUCUGGAAGGCAUAUUGAGGAUGGAAUUAACAGCGAAGAAGAUGAGCUUGCAAAGAAGAUGACAUUGGUGGGUUUGUGGUGUAUUCAGCCUUCUCCGGUAGAUCGUCCUGCGAUGAACAGAGUUGUGGAGAUGAUGGAAGGAAGCUUGGAAGCUCUUGAAGUCCCUCCUAGGCCUGUUUUGCAGCAAAUCCCCAUAUCAAAUCUUCAUGAAUCUUCUAUUCUUUCAGAGGAUGUCUCUGUCUACACAGAAGGAUGAUCCAAGAAGCUACCAUUGAACCUAUCAAAGCACUAAAUAGCUACGCAUUUAUCAAAAAUCACAUAUAUAUAUAUAUAUAUAUAUAUUUUAAUGAAUGUAAAAAAUUGUAUUCAUCCAAAAACAUUUUUACAAAAAAUGCAUCCUUGUUUGAAGUUCUUAAUAGAAAACAGAGCAAGAAAAUCAAAUCAUCUUGUGCCAAACCAGAGCAGUUGCUUGAGUUUUUUUGACUAUGUUAAACUUUUUAAUAAAGAUUUCUAUCGCGAUAAAA